ACAUACAAUCAGACAGGCAAUGUCGGCGGAUAUGUCUGCUGACAGUGGCGCCAACAAUGGCGCCACGGCCAAGCAGCCUCCCACUCCCACAAAGACGCAAACUCUGCCCUCGUGGCUCAACCACCUCAACGGCAAUGACCUCAAGACGCUCUUCCGCUGUUCCGUGGCGGCCUGGGUGGCCUCCCUCCUGAUAUACAUUGGGCCGUCGCUGCAUAGCAUUGGCUCGUCCACCUUCUUUGCCGCGCUGGUGCUCUUCGUGACGCCACCCGCCGGCAUCCUCCUCAUCUACCUGCUCGGAUCCCUGUCCCUCCUUUUUGGCAUGUGCCUUGGCUGGGCCUGGGGCAUCGCGACCAUGAAGGCGGCGCUGGCGGCUCGACCCGCAGCCGACACCCAAGCACAGCUCCAGGCCCUGCAGCAGGCGGCCGUGGCUCAAGCAGAGAGCUCUGGGGGGAAUGCCACCGUCAUUGGCCAGCAGCUGGUCUACCAGGGCGCGAUGCUGGAUGCCCGAGUCACGGUGGUGUACUAUGUCAUGAUUCUGACCUUUAUCUACCUGCUGGCCCGCCUCAAGGCCGGCAACAUCAAACUGACGUUUCUCCACCUCUUCGGUACCAUCGUGGCGGAUGUCUUUUUGCUAAUCGGACCCCUGCUGCCGUCCUUUACGCCGCUUCUGGGGCAGACGCUGGUGAAACCGGGGGCCAUUGGCGUCGGGAUAGGCGCUGCCUGCUGCCUCAUCUUCUUCCCGCAGUCGACCUCGUACGUGGUGCUCCGGAAGAUGGAACAGCUCGUCCGGAUGCUGGACACGCCGCUGGACCUGACUCGGAGGCGCUUCGAUGGCGAGUCCCUGGACUUGGGCCAGCUAAAGGCCACCAAGAACGGCAUCGUGGCCCUGUAUAAGUCGAUGGCUCCAGAGAUGGCCUUCCUGCCGCUCGACGUUUCCCGCGGCCGAUGGAACGCAGAAGACGUCAAGGGCCUGGAAGAAUGCAUCCGCCAGGCCAUGCUGUCCAGCGUGUCCCUGCUUGAUUUUCACAUCGCCACCAUCACCGGCCUGCAAAAGGUAGACCAGGCGGGCCUGCAGCUGGACAAGCACUCAAGCGACGGUGCGGCGGCCGAAAAGGGAGGGCACGAGAUUGGCCAGCGCCAUGUGCUGCAAUACGCGGAGCUGAUGAAUGCCCUGAGGACGCCAGAGCAGAGCGAGCUCCGAGUCCGGAUGACUGAGGCGAUGAACGAGACAACCGCGCAGGUGAGGCUAGCCUGUUCCGAGUCCAUCGCACUCGUCGGUGAGUGCAUCCACACGGUAAACACCCGUCGAUGGAUCCGCCAGCCAUCCCAGCACGAGUUUGACGGCUUGAUUGGACGUCUGGAGACGACCCUGGCAGCGUUGCAAUCCGCCCGCGUCUCCUGUACGGCCACUACCACCGAAGCCAUUCUGGAGUGCCAUUCCGAUCUCUUUGAUCAGGACGGCCAUCUCAGGGCCCCGGAUGCCAGCACCUCCACCUUGCAUCCACAAUCCCUGCGAGCCAUGAUGGUGGCCAUGGUGCUGGAGGAGCGAAUCAUCAGCGCAGCCUUGGCGACGGAAGCCAUGCUGAAGCACGUUUUGCAUCUGACAACGUCGCAGACACGUCACCGCAUCUGGCUGCCCUCCCGCAUCCGCUACGCCUUUGGAUGGCUUGUGAGCGGCAAGGACACCGUGCCUGUUGCCGGUGUCUCCAACGACGGUGCUACAGACGACCCGGAUGCGCUGGACCAGCAGUCCAAGGCGGUGCGCCAGCGGCUUCGGCUCAUUCGUGGCUACGAGUCUCCCAAUCGCGGAACUCGGAUGGGCAGAGCCAUUGUCGGCACAUAUCGCUGGAUCACCAACCCGGCCGGCAUGUACGCGAUGCGCAUGGUUGUUGUGACGCUUGCCACUGCCAUCACGGCCGCCGUCCCCAACUCGGCCGGCUUCUUCUACCGCGAAAAGGGGUUGUGGGCCGUCAUCACCGCCCAGACUUGCGUGCUCUUGUACAUGGCCGACUUCACCUUUUCUCUCAUCUCCAGAGCGCUCGGCACGGUGAUUGGAGGUGUCUUUGGCCUUGUGGCAUGGUAUAUCGGAUCUGGCAGCGGUCAUGGGAACCCCUACGGCCUGGCUGCCAGCACUGCCGUGUUUAUCGUGAUAGCCAUGUGGCUGAGGAUCUUCUUGCCUCUGGCCUAUGUGCAGGCAACCGCCAUGGGUGGAGUCACAAUGAUUCUCAUCUUGGGCUUCUCUUAUGACUUUGCCCACCAACCACAGUAUGGAUCUCCGGGCUUGGGCUAUCAAGCGUUUUGGAGGCGACUAGUCGACGUGCUCAUAGGCUUUGCGGCCGCCACCAUUGUUCAGCUGUUCCCCAAGCCUCCAUCUGCCACCGAGCACGUGUGCAAGACGUUGGCCAACACUAUACAAACACUGUCAGACUACUACGCUCUGCUUUUGUCGCAUUGGAGCCGCACCGGUAGAGACGGCCCCAUCAGCGCUGCUGCCAUAGAGGACCUCACGUUGGAAGUUGCCGAGGUUCUAUCAUCCGUGACUGGAUCAAUAGCGAUGCUAAAGGCAGACUUUAGUUCUGGUCCAUUCGGCCAAGCCGCCCUGCAUUGCGCCCAAGAGCAGUGUCAAAAUAUGAAUCAGGCACUGGGAAGGCUUCUUUUUCUAUCAACCACUCUUCCUAAAGGGUUCCAGGAGAGACUCGUAUAUGUUCUCGGCAUAUUGGAUGACGUCGCCAUUGGAAAUAUCAUGGCCGUCUUGACAAUCGUCGAGCAAGCCCUGCGGACUGGAACCCCUCUCCCUGAAAGGCUUCCUGUGCCCCUUGUUCGCACCUGUUUCGAAUCUCUGUCCGCUGCACAGCGUCAGAAUAUUGAUCUGACCACAUCGCUUGUUCGAGACGAGAAUUACCGACGGUAUUGCGUUGCCGUGGCUUCCUACUUGAAAUUCCUAACUGCUAUUGAUGACUUGGUCUUGACUUUGAAGAGAACUUUGGGAGAACGCCAUGUGAUUUAUCUAGAUGAUGACGAGGUAUGA